AUGUUCGACUUCGAGGACAUCGAAGCCGACGUGGAGCGCCAGGGCGCUGAAGCCUGGCAGGAGGCCGCCGAAGGCGCCCAGGGCGGUGCCGCGGGUGCUCCGAGCGGCCCGGGCUUCGCCCACCGCCGGCCCGGCGCCGCCGCCAUCGAGGUGGGGAAGAAGGUGAUCAUCCGCGGCGCGCCGGGCGCACCGGAGUUGGAGGAGAAGAUCGGGGAGAUCAUGGCCUUUGAGGGAGGCAAGUACUCGGUGAAGGUCAUGAACUUGACGGGCGGUUACGUGCCCGGAAGGGCCUUGAACGAGGGCUCGCACAUGAGGCUGCUGGCCCCAGAAAGCCUGGAGCUGCACCCGGAUCAGGUGGAAAAGGAUCGCCAGGCUGCCGAGGACGGGGCGAUCGUCUUGCUGGGCGGCAGCGAGGCAGAGCGGGCCGCGCGCGAGGCGCUCUACAGUCUCUCCAUCGACCCCAAGCACUGCUACGACAAGGCCGUGGAGCGCAUCCUGGCCGCAAGGCACGAGUUCGAAGUCUUGAACUUGGAGGCGAAGUGGUAUGGGAGUGAUAAUAUGAGCCUUAUCAAGAGGGCUUACCGACGGAUCAGUGUGGGCAUCCACCCGGACAAGAACAGCCACCCGCAGGCCGUGGACUGCUUCAGGAAGGUCUAUGGAGCCUUCGAGACUCUGAUGGACAAGAAGCAGCAGUGGCGCCUCUUGUUCAUCCUGAACCGGCUCAAGGAGGACGAGGUAAGCUUGUACGAGCUGGAGGCGGAGGAGGAGGAGCGCUACGAGUGGUGGCUGGAAGCCAACGUUCCGGAGAUUGAGAAGCAGGCCGCGGAGAUCGAGGGAGGGGAGUUUGAGGAAAUAGGCGAGAAGUGGAUCUCUGAUGGCACGGGUGGCAAUGUGAAUGAUGUAAAGUGGGCUGGCAUGGCCGAGAGUCUACGGCUCCAUGCCGAGGACAAGGCUCUCUUCAUCGACUGUCGAGAGCGCUUUGAGUUCGAGAUCGAGCACAUUGACGGGGCCUUCAACAUCCCCAUGCGAGAGUUCGUGGACUUCGGUCUCGCCGGCGUCGCCGGGCCCUGGGUGAAGGAGGUCCUGAAACGGAAAGACCAGCCCGUGAUCAUCUACAGCGAGGUGGCGACGCCCUUCUCGCGCUGCCGGGCCAUGUGCCGGUGGCUGCUGCGUGCCGGCUCCAAGUCCUUGCCCGCCGAGCGUCUGCGAAGGCUCCGGGGUGGCAUGUUUGGCUGGCGGCACAAGAAGGGGAAGAUCGUCCUUGCGAUCAAGGACCUCACUGUGGAGCAGAAGGCCGCCUUGUACAGGGAGAGCGCCAAGCAGAUCGGAGCCCUGAAGCUGGGCCUCGGCGCCGUGAACCUCCGGGUGCGCGUGCGCUGGUUCGAGGAGCGGGGCCCUGGCGGCCCUUGCGCAAUGCUGCACGACUCCUCCGGGGGCAUCUUGACGCUUCUGACGACGAAAGAGCAGAUCGCUCUCUGCCGCGAGGCGGCCCUUCAACAAGCCUCGCUGCUGGUGCGCGGGGCCACGUGUGAGCUGAGCUCCGAGAAGCACUUGCUGGCAAGGCUGGGCCCCGAGGCGACACUGGAAAGGAGCGACCGCGACUUCACCUUCGGCUUCGACGCCAAGAACGUCUCCGAGGAAGUGCAUGCCCCGGAGCCGGAGGAAGAGGAGCAAGGAGGCGGUCUGGAGCGUAGGAGGAGCAGCGAGACGCCUGCGACAAAGUUCGAGCGGCGGUACUGCGCGGAGAGGCUCCAGCAUUUCGCCAAGUCCUUCAGCACCGGCAAGCGUGGCGAAACGGCUCAGGCUUUGCUCUCUCUGGGGGAUGCGGAGCAAGUAUCGCCGGAGAUCCGCCAGGCAUGCCUUCGAAGUCUUUGCCUCAUUGCCUCGGGCAGGGAUCGCGACGACUUGGAGGCAGCAGACGCACGGAUGCAGAUGCGGGGGAAGCUGGACACGCCCAGUCCAGCAGCAGCUGAUGCGAGGCACCAGAGCUCUGCGAACCCUAAGAGAAAGCCGGCUUUCUGCUGCUGUGGGUUUUCGAAGAGCAGGCCCGCCACUUGGCCACCGGGCUCAAGCCUGGCCCCGUUGCCCCGUUGUAACUGGGCCCUGUUGACACGAUGGAGGGAGGGUCUUCCCGGGAAGACGUCUCCAAAUGCUUCGAUGCGAUGA